AUGCAGGUCCCGGCGGCCGCGGAGCGCAACAAGGGCCCGAUCCUGGCGGUGCUGCGGGAGUGCGCGGGGCCGGGCGCGGGGCCGGGCGCGCUGCGGGUGCUGGAGGUGGGCGCGGGCUCGGGGCUCCACGCCGCGCACUUCGCGCGGGCGCUGCCGCAGACGCGCUGGCAGCCCUCGGACUGCGACCCCCGGGCGCUGCGCAGCAUCGCUGCCUACGUGGAGGCCACGGGAGUGCCCAACCUGCUGCCCCCCAUCCUGCUGGACGUGUCUCAGGGCUGGGAGACCUGGGGGGGCACCCAGCCCGGCACCCUCGACCUCCUUGUCAGCAUCAACAUGAUGCACAUCGCAGAGCUGCGGUGCACCGAGGGCCUGUUCAAGGGUGCCGGGGUGCUGCUGAAGCCUGGAGGUGUGCUCUUCACCUAUGGGCCCUACGCCGUGGACGGCCAGAUCAGCCCCCAGAGCAACGUGGACUUUGACCGCAGCCUGAGGCAGAGCAAUCCUGCCUGGGGGCUGCGGGACACGGCGCUGCUGCGGGAGCUGGCCCAGGCCAACGGGCUGUGUCUGGAGAGGAUGGUGGACAUGCCGGCCAACAACAAGAGCCUGAUCUUCCGCAAGCUGUAACCUGCCCUGACAGCACUGCCAGCGCCUCCCGGCACUGCUCUGCCCACUGAUACCUCCUGCAGGGGUGUCACUGUCCCACCAUGGACACUGGGGCUGAGGACAGCAGUGAUGGGACAGACUCACCCCAGCCGGGGCUGACUUGGUUGGGGGGGGUCCAUCUCCCCUGGUGCCUUUGGGACCUCCUUUGCAGUGAGGAGCCUGGACCACAGGACCCAGCACAGCUGCCAUGGGAAGAAACAACAUCCGUGGGCAUCAUUGCUCAAUUUCCUUGGAGGAUGCUGUUCUGAUGGUGUCCCCCUUCCCCCGCUCCCCAGGACUGUGCUGCUGUCCCCUCCAAUAAACUCUGUGGCUUUGCCCUCCA